UAGUUGUACCAAACAGCAUUAUUGGUGCAAUCGAGGUACUCGCAGCCUCCACUUGGCCGGACGGCGUUAACAUAAGUAGAGGGCAACAAAGGAGCGCGAGCUAGCUCCCCGCCCCACACCAUCUGCAAAUCGAGGAUACCAGCUAUUAAUUUGACGAUGGUGCAUGAAUUGUCAAAACGGAGACGGAGAAGAGGACGAAGUGAGUCAUGUUCUUCAAAAAACAAGAGCAGAGUACGAAGAAGCAUCUCGCCACCUUCCGCAACAGCAGUUGUAGACGACGAUGAGGAUUCGACUGAUUAUUCAAAACGGAGACGGAGAAGAGGACGAAGACGAAGUGAGCCAUGUUCUUCAAAAAAAAAGAGCAGAGUACGAAGAAGCAUCUCGCUACCUUCCGCAACAGCAGUUUUAGACGACGAUGAGGAUUCGGGUGAUGAGUCAUCCAGCACUGAAGAUGAGGAAUUCGAAGCUUUCAAGACAUGGGUACCUGCUGAUUUGGUGUCGCAGCAGGAACAAGAGUUGAAUGCUGAAUUCGCCAUGCGAGAAAAGAAGCUGCGUCGUUUUCCUGUGAGCCUAUCCGCUCUCUAUGAAGAGUACAGUGACAGGGUAACCGUGCCCAUUGGAUAUUAUAAAGUUAGAAAAAACCAUCACGAUAUUGAGGUGGUGAAGAAUGUGGCUACACAUUAUUACUUCCCAUCAUCAGCUGACAGGAUAUAUAGGGCCUUCUGCUCCGCCUUAGGAGACGUCCGCAUCUUGUUCAGUGACCUCAGAGCACCUACCAUCGAGGAUGAUGAGUUAAAGCUUAACCUGUUCCGUGAUGGUUGCUUCUUGCUCCAGUACAUGCGCCAUAUGUGUAUCAGUGGCCUUGAAGAUAUGCCACCUUCUUUGGCGUAUUAUUUUGACACCAACCAAGCUGUCAUCAACCGUGACAUGAUGCUACUGGAGAACCAGCUCCCCUGGGUGGUGAUCCAGAUACUUAGAAGCUACAAGGAGGUACCAGUGGAGGACUUCAUAGCUAAAAUGGCACGCACGCUCAGGAUCCGCAAGGGAGCAGAGGACAAUGAUGGACCUUUUGACUUGGAUGCCAGCAGCUACACGCCACCACAUCUUCUUGGCCUUCUCUGGGCGUACAAAACAGGCAAAAUAGGUAGUAACGCUGUAGUACCAUCUAGCAACCAAAACAAGCAGCUGUUUUCUCCCUUUAUUGAAGAAAAAUGGUUCUCUCUGGUUAACUGUUGCUGUUGCUACAACAACAACAACGACAGUCCAUUUGAUGUUGAAAGCAGCAGACAGAUGUCGAGGACUAUUAGUGCCAUAGAGCUUGCGGAGAUCGGCAUCAAACUUAAAGCCAGCAAGACAACAAAGUUCACAGACAUGGGCAUCAAGAAAGGGCUCUUUGGCUGCGAGAUCUUCCUAGCCCCAUUGUUGCUAGAUGGAACAAAUCGAUGCUGGCUUGUCAACAUGGCCGUCUUUGAGCUAUACAUGGCCAGCAGCGAUGAUACUGAUAGAAAACAUGCUAUCCGCCCUUACCUUGUCGUCCUUGCUAUGCUCAUGGAUCGUGAAGAGGAUGUGCAUAGGCUGAGAUCAAAGGGCCUCAUUAAUGGGGCGCUGACCAACAAGGAGAUCCUUGAUUUCUUCAAGGGCCUUGUCAAGCACAUAAGUGGUGGCCCACCCCUUGUCCACUUAAUGGAAGAGAUUGAGGACUACAAGCUUAAGAGGUGGAUGUGGAUCAAGGUGCACAAGUUUUUCUACAGGAACUACAAAAUCAUCCUUGCAGUGCUCUCCGCCGCCGGUGUUCUUGUUGGUAUCUUCAAAGCACUCUUAUCUCUCAAGCACGACUAGCAGCAAGGCCAUUUUCCAAAUGUUUUCACUCAUUUCAGACUUUGUUGUGUUUAGUUUGUAAGCAAUGGGUUUGUGCCACAUUAUUUUGUUCCAAUUUUUUGUUUUACGUGUCUUCUGUGGAGGAAUAAGAAACUUGAUUGAACCAUGUAUGUGUGAAAUAUUCUUCAGACAAGUUGCCGAUUUGUAUUGAUGAUAUUA